UCGGGCAUUGAGGAAGUUGUUCCGUUCAAAAUAAAGGUUCGCUUGGUCUUAGUGUCACUGAUCUGAAUAUAGAGAUUAGUGCGUUAGUAUGUUUUUCAAUUUACACUGAUCUCUGCAACUGUUAAUCUAUACAAGCGUCAAACUUGUUAAUCACGACCACCCUGCAACUGCAUAUCCAUGGAGACACCAGAACCUGGUCCAGCAGAUGGAGAGGAGCGCUUGGUGGAGCUGCGACCUCGGACACGCUCCAACCCUGAAGGUGCAGAGGACCGCCGUAGCAGCACGGGCAGCCUCGGCGGCAACGGCAGCCCUGGCAUCUCUCAGCCUGCUGUGGGCAGCCGUGUCGAUGGAGAAGGAGAGGCGUCGACCUCUGACAGCCCUCCGAGUUCCAUCACCACUGCCAUGUCAGCAGCUGCAGCGCAGACUGUGGCUCCUGCAGCCACUGUGGCGGCAGCAGCCAGUGCCGUAGUAUCACUGUCUACAGUGGCGGCACCCAAAGAGAGGCCCAAACCCACACAGCAACCAGCUGCACUAACAACAUCUGCCUCUCCGCCAGUAGAGUAUCAGAUACGAGUUCCUCGUGUCAACUGCCCAGAGAAAGUGAUUAUCUGCUUAGAUCUUUCUGAAGAGAUGUCUUUACAGAAGUUGGAGUCAUUUAAUGGAUCCAAAACUAAUGCUCUGAACAUUUCCCAGAAGAUGAUUGAGAUGUUUGUUAGAACAAAACACAAGAUUGACAAGCGCCAUGAAUUUGCACUGGUUGUCGUCAAUGACGACGCUCUGUGGCUGUCAGGCUUCACUUCUGACCCCAGGGAGCUGUGCAGCUGUCUGUAUGACCUGGAAACGAAUGUGUGCGAGUCCUUCAACCUAGAAGAUCUUCUUAAUGUAAUCCGUCAGAAGAUUGAGCUGCCGCUGAUGGAGAAUGUUCAGACCAUCCCUCCUCCAUACGUGGUGCGCACUGUGCUCAUCUACAGCCGGCAUGCAUGCCAGCUGCAAUUUAACCCAUCUGAGGCCGUUAGUAAAAUGCUUCAGUCUCCAUAUUUUUUCUUUGAUGUGGUGUACCUCCACAAUGGCACAGAGGAGCAGGGGGAUGAGACCAGCUGGAGGGACAACUACACUUCAUUCAGCAACCUGGACUCAAAGGGCAUGUGCUAUCGCUUUGAGGUGUCCCUGAGUGGACCUGCCAUCGAGCUGCACAACUGCAUGGCCAAACUUCUGGCUCACCCCUUGCAGAGACCGUUCCAGAGUCAUGCAUCUUACAGCCUGCUGGAGGGGGACGACCCCCAGGAGUUUGAGGCUAUGGUCUAAAACUCCUCAACAGGACUCACUCAUAUAGCCCAGCCUAACUUGAUGGGAAAAUUUGACUUUUUACUAAAGACUGAGAACUGGUGAACACAAGAUUGGUGUAGAAUAAGAUGAGGAAAACAAAAUAAAAAAAACUAGAGUUUCUUCAUUCUCUGA